UACCAUCUCACUUCACACCCCUCAUCAAGCCCUACUGAGCUGCUCCGUGUAUCUCCUGGUCUCCUUCCCUCAGACCUCAUCUCUCCGUUAGCUAGCAGACCCAGAGGACGUGUAGACCAGCAGGCCAAUGGAGCAGACAGUGGUGCUGAUCACAGGAUGCUCCUCGGGGAUAGGCCUCAGUCUGGCCGUCCGGCUGGCCUCGGAUCCAGCGAAAAUGUACAAAGUCUAUGCCACCAUGAGGAAUCUUGCCAAGAAGGAGCGUCUGCUGGACUGUGUGAAGGGCCUGCACAAGGACACCCUGGACAUCCUCCAGAUGGACAUCACUGACCAGCGGUCCAUUCUGGAUGCCAGGGACAGGGUCAGAGAGAAGAGGGUGAACAUUCUGGUAUGUAAUGCUGGUGUGGGGUUGAUGGGGCCGCUGGAGGCCCAGUCCCUGGCCACCAUGAGGCAGAUCCUGGAGGUCAACCUCCUGGGCACCAUCAGCACCAUCCAGGCCUUCCUACCAGGGAUGAAAGCCCAGGGCCAUGGACGCAUCCUGGUCACUGGCAGCAUCGGUGGGCUACAGGGACUCCCCUUUAAUGAGGUGUACUGUGCCAGUAAGUUUGCAGUAGAGGGCGCCUGUGAGAGUCUGGCCAUUCUCCUGCAGCACUUCAACAUCUAUGUGAGUCUUAUUGAGUGCGGCCCUGUCAACACGGAUUUCUUGGACAAUCUGCAGAGGGCAGAGCCAGGGGACUCUUCGCUGCAGCAGGUCGACGCCCACACACGCAGCCUCUAUGACACGUACCUGCAACACUGUGGGAUGGUGUUCCAGAACGCAGCUCAGGACACAGAGGAUAUUGUGAAGGUAUUUCUGGAUGCCAUCCAGUCAUCGAACCCUGCAUUCAGAUACUACACCAACAAUGCCCUCAUUCCACUCAGCAGCCCUAAGAUCUCAGCACUGGACGGGUCCCAGUACAUCAGAAAUAUGAGCAAGAUCAUCUUCUCAACCAAUGGGAAAGGGGAACAAAAAUAGCCAUCAAACUAUAGAAUAUAAUAACCCUUUACUUUAUACAUACAGUACCAGUCAACAUUUUUAGAACACCUACUCAUUCCAGGGUUUUUCUUUAUUUUGACUAUUUUCUACAUUGUAUAAUU